AUGGACAUCAACAGUCCACCAACGUGUCCAAACACGGUGACGAUCCGGCGUAACCCACACCGGAGGGCUAGGCCUCCUCCAACGCCAGCCACGUCCGCUCCGGAAAUGCCUUCCGCGGAUGUGGCCAAAGUACGGUCUUUUCCAACCGAGGAUAUUCUCUCCAUGGACAUCGCUAGAGCAGACCCUGUGUCAGAGAACCUCAGAGUUUUUCUGAGGAUUCGUCCACUUCUGCACGGUGGCGUUGGGGGAGAUCGGAAUUCAAAGCCGAGAUUCAAAAACGUUUGGCCCCAAAACCCCGCAAAGAAGAAAUCGGCGAUUGGACGAGCGUUGCAGAGCAAGAAAAACAAAGAUGCGGAGGUCUGUGUUAGGGUCAAUAAUCCGCAGUCUGUGACGCUAUCAACACCGCUAGCGUUGCAAGAGAGUAACCGCAUAAAGACGGAGGUUUAUGACGGCUUUUCCCACGUCUUCUCCCCUGAUUCCUCUCAGGAGGAGGUGUAUGAGAAGAUGGUGAGGCCAUUGGUGGAUGAUUUUCUGAGGGGUAAAAGUGGGAUGCUUGCUGCAUUGGGGCCUAGUGGCUCUGGAAAGACUCAUACGGUUUUUGGGUGCCCCAGGCAGCCCGGUAUGGUGCCCCUUGCUCUUCAACACAUUUUCAGGCAGACACGAGGAAGUAAUUCUGAGUCUAUGAGAUCAUUUUUCAUAUCAAUUUUUGAGAUAAGCUCUGAAAGGGGGAAAGGAGAGAGAGUAUUUGAUUUAUCUCCUAAUGGAGGUGAUUUAUGCAUGCAGCAAUCAACACUAAAAGGCCUACAAGAGAUAGCCAUUUCUGAUGCUAGACAGGCAGAGUCCAUAAUUGCUCAGGCAAUGCUAAAGCGUGCAACUGGUAUGACAAAUGCAAAUAGCCAAUCAAGCCGGUCGCAGUGUAUUAUUAACAUCCGUGGUGUUGCUGACAAGUCUAAUGGAGAGGGUAAUGAUCAAGCAAAUGAUGGUGUCCUUAGUAUUGUUGAUCUUGCUGGAGCUGAAAGAGAAAAAAGAACUGGGAAUCAGGGAGUAAGAUUGCUUGAAAGUAAUUUCAUCAACAACACAUCAAUGGUCUUUGGCUUGUGCUUGAGAUCUUUAUUGGAGCAUCAGAAGAACCCUAAGAAGCCUCUGCAGAAGCACUUCCAGAACUCUUUGUUGACCAAGUACCUGCGAGAGUAUUUGGAAGGCAAGAAGAGGAUGGCAUUGAUAUUAACAGUGAAAUCAGGGGAAGAAGAUUAUCGUGAUACAUCUUACGUGCUAAGACAAGCCUCGCCUUAUAUGGAAAUCAAGUACAAUAAUGUUGAAGAACCAUCAAAUAUCUCAUACAACAAAAGGCAUGUCCAAGCCUUGUCUAGAAGUGAGCGGCACAAGAGAAUGAAAGUUACUGGUUCCGAUGCCUGCUUGAUUGAUGAAGGAAAAGCCAUUGAAGCUGAAAAUGGACUUUGUGAGGAAGGUUCUCUCAAAAGCCGUGAGGAGCCAGGAAUCUGCAAAGUGGACAUGAGUGGUUGUGCACCUUCAAAAUCAGGUUGUGUUGACUCUGGAGAAGGAGAGAGAAACCAUCAGAUAAUGCAGAGUUUUGCUAAAGCUUUAUGGAAUGUUUUGAAGCAGUAUAAAGAAAAACUCAAGGUGGCAGAUAACGAAAUCCAGCAUCUCAGAGAAAGCCUUGUGACAGAAAGUACAAGAUAUAUUGAGCUUAAAAAGGAGCUCAAUGAUAUAAAGUCCUCCUGUGCAUGUUCCCACAGAAAAUCAGUUGAGGUCAGCGUAGUUGAAUUGGAUAUGAAUUUUCACGAGAGAGUACCACUGCAAAUCAAUGUUGAUGAGACUGCCUACUUAAGGGAAUACACUCCAACAAAGGAUCAAAAUUUUAUCUCUCAGGUGAAAAGUUUGGAUGUUCGUGAGGUCAGUGCUUCAUGUCUUGAACUUGAAAACCCAAAUGAGCUGGAUCAUCAGACAUGUGAGAGCCUUUCUGGAUGUGGAAAUAGUGCUGAGGAUUUGUGUGAGUCUAAAUGUGUCAGAAUGGAGGAUAGUUAUUCGAGCGCAAAUGUAGCAGGUUUUAUGGUAAACUCUUCCCAGUCACUGCAUAGAAAGGAUAGCUGUUCAUCUGUUGAGCUGGACCACAUGCUCAGUGGGGAGGAUGAGGAAUCACCGGAAGAUGUUGUAUUGACCGGUCAGUGCAAUGCUGUUGACCUGCUAGAUGGUGAGUGUAGACUUGAUACUUGUUGCCAAGCUUUGCAGUCGGGGGAAUCGGAAAGGAGAGUUUCGCCUGGUUCGUCUCCAUCACAAAGGGAUUGCAGGGCUUUGGAUGUUGAAGAUGAGAUUGAGAAGCCACGGGAGUUAUUGAAUUUUACUACGACGUCGCCGCAAGAAGAUCUUGUGUCAAGUAAGGGGUGCGAAAUAAUUGAUAUUCCUGACAGUGAACCAAGGGUUACAACAAGUGCUACAACAGCAGAGAAACCAAAAGGAUGCGAAGUGAUUGAUAUUCCUGACAGUGAACCAAGGGUUACAAAAGCAGAGAAAUCAAAAGAGUGCGAAUUGAUUGAUAUUCCUUGCAGUGAACCGAGGGUUACAACAACUGCUACAAAAGCAGAAAAACCAAAAAGGAGACUUUUGCCUGCAUCAUCCUUAUUACUAAGGCAUUUCAGUACUUUGGACAUUGAGGAUGACGAUGAGAAGCCAAAGGGUGGGAAGAAGAAAUCAGGUGUUGAAGAAAGAAAAAUAACGCAGGGUAGCAUCUCUCUUUUGCGUUUGCUAAAGAGCGAUCUUCAUAUCUAG